UUUCAGGUAUUAGUUCUGAGCGCCUUAACGGCCAUAGCGUCCGCUGGGCUCAUUGCUCAGCCGCAUUUCUCAUCGGCCGCAGCAGUCUCGUCGCAGAGCAUCGUACGCCACGACCAGCACCAGACCAUCCACGCAGCACCUGUUGCCAUUCACUCCGCUCCAAUCGCGUACAGCGCAGCGCCGGUAGCUUACCAUGCCACCCCUGCACAUAUUGCCACAAGUGCUGUGUCUUCUCAAAGCAUUUUACGUCAUGACCAACCUCAUGUCGCCCUCGCAGCUGCACCUCUUGCCUACACCUCAGCCCCGGCACAUUAUGCAGCUUCGCACAUAAAUUACGCCGCUCCUGUUUCUUAUCAAACAUACCCAGCUCGCGUAUCUGCAGGCCACGCUGUGUCUUCCCAAACUAUCCUACGUCAUAAUCAACCUCGAGUCGCUUUAGCUGCAGCACCUAUUUCUUACGCUGCUGCACCAUCGUACUACGCAGCUUCCCAUAACAAUUAUGCUAGCCCCAUAUCUUACAACGCGUCUCCUCUUCGAAUUUCUGCUGGUCAUGCUACAUCCUCCCAGACAAUUUUGCGUCAUGAUCAACCUAGACUCGCCGUUGCCGCGGCGCCAGUUUCAUAUGCCACUCCUGCUUACGCCGCUGUUCCUUCUUACGCAGCCACUCACAUUAAUUAUGCUGCUCCUGCAACCUACGCGUCGCAAGCCCGCUACACCGGUGGUCAUGCAGUUUCUUCUCAAAAUAUUGUACGUCAUAAUCAAGGCAUCUCCUCUAUCGCUAUUGCCCCAGCGACUUAUUCUUCACCCUCCGCACUCUACUCUUCAUCCUACGGACUUCGAUCAAACCCCAUUCAACACGCAUCUAUCCACGGUGUUUCCUCUCAAACGAUUCUGCGUCAUGACCAACCUCAUGGCGUGGCAGCUAUCUCCCCCGUUUCUUACGCUGUCGCCGCCCCAUCUCAUUACGCGGCUCCUAGCCACGGCAUCAUAGCAGCUGCUCAGCACGUAGAAGAAUACGCUCAUCCAAGAUACGACUUCGCGUACUCCGUGGCUGACGGACACACCGGCGACAAUAAGUCGCAACAGGAGAGCCGCGACGGCGACGCCGUGCACGGCCAGUACUCUCUGCUGGAGGCUGACGGCUCCGUGCGCACCGUGCAGUACACCGCCGACGACCACAGCGGCUUCAACGCGGUCGUUACCAACUCCGCUCCUGCGCACCACGCCGCCCCCGCACACGCGCCUCAACACAUCAUCGCCCAUCAUUAA